AUGAACGCCUCAGAUCCCAUCGACACGGCCGACGUGUCCAAGGCCCACGCCUUGGAGCACGAUAGGGAAUUGAAUGAGAAGAGUUCGCAUUUCACCGACGACAUGGUCAUUGAGCCAGCGCCGGUUGUGAGCGUUCCAGUGGAGGGUGAAGAUGCCGCGUUGAACAAGAACUACCCUACCGACGAGGAAUUGCAGACCCUGCGUCGUAUCUCGGGUCACCUGCACUGGACCAUUUUCACCGUUGCCUUUGUCGAGCUGUGUGAGCGAUUCUCGUACUACGGAACGACAGCAGUGUUCGUCAACUUCAUCCAGCGUCCUCUGCCUGACGGUUCAACCACUGGUGCUCUGGUUGGUGACAUGACCAAUGGGGUGCCCGGUGCCUUGGGUAUGGGCCAGCGUGCCUCGACUGGUCUCACACUGUUCAACCAGUUCUGGUCCUAUCUGUGCCCCUUGGCCGGUGCUUAUAUCGCGGAUCAGUACUGGGGUCGUUUCCGUACCAUCUUUUCGGCCAUUGCCUGCUCCUUCGUCGGCCACAUUUUCUUGAUUGUUUCCGCCUUACCACCAGUGAUUAAGACCUCUGGUGGCUCAAUGGGAUGUUUCGUUGUUGGUCUUGUGAUAAUGGGAGUUGGCACCGGUGGUUUCAAGUCAGUUUAUCCUUCUGUGUUAUUUGUCGUUUUCACCACACCAGGGGAAGGUUCCAGUCUAAUCAUGCAUGAAACAAUACUCACAUUUUUUCCGAUCGACAGGUCCAACAUCUCUCCUCUUAUUGCGGAGCAGUAUCGUGAUGAUAAGCCUUACGUGAAGACCUUGGCCAGUGGAGAGCGAGUCAUCGUUGACCCCGCCGCGACAGUGGCUCGAAUCUACAUGUACUUCUACCUGAUGGUCAACGUUGGCUCAUUGAUCGGCCAGCUGUCCAUGGUCUACGCCGAGCGAUACAUUGGAUUCUGGCUCUCCUUCCUCCUGCCUACUCUGAUGUUCUGCCUGUGCCCCCUGGUUCUGUUUGCUUGCCGCAAGAAUUACUACCUGACUCCUCCUACCGGCUCGACUUACAGCCAAGCAUUCCGUCUGUGGGGUCUGGCAUUGAAGGGCCGUUGGUCCCUCAACCCCGCCAAGUUGUUCACAUCCACUCCUGAACAGUAUAAGGACUGGAACCAUGUCAAGCCUUCCAACUUGGGCGCCAACAAGCCCCAGUGGAUGACCUUCGACGAUGCCUGGGUUGAUGAAGUGUACCGUGGUCUCAAGGCCUGCAAGGUGCUCUUGUGGUACCCUCUUUACUGGCUGGCCUACAACCAAAUGACCAACAACUUGACUUCCCAGGCCGCUACCAUGACCCUGAACGGUGUGCCCAACGACGUAAUCAACAACUUCAACCCCUUUGCCCUGAUCAUCUUCAUCCCCAUCUUCGACCGCCUUGUCUACCCUGGUCUUCGUCGCAUGGGCUUCAACUUCACCCCCGUCAAGCGUAUCACUGCUGGUUUCGCUAUGGCUGGUGCUGGUAUGAUCGUCGCCGCGGUCACUCAGUACUACAUCUACAAGACAGGUGACUGUGGCAAGGAAGCCAACCGCUGUCUCGAGGAGUUCGACAAGCACAGCCCCAUCUCCGUCUGGGUCCAAGUUCUGACCUACGUCUUGGGUGGUAUCUCCGAGAUUCUGGCCUCGGUCACCUCACUCGAGUACGCCUACACCAAGGCUCCUCGUAACAUGCGUUCCCUCGUUCAGGCCGUAUCACUCUUCAUGAACGCCAUCUCUGCCGCCAUCGGCCAGGCCUUUGUCAGUCUGUCUGCCGACCCCCUGUUGGAGUGGAACUAUGGUGUCGUGGCCAUUCUGGCCUAUGCUGGCUGCAUUGGCUUCUGGCUGUGCAACCGUCACAUCGACGCCGACGAAGACCGCAUGAACAUGCUGCCCGAGAGUAAUUUUGAAGGCCGUCCCACUCAACGCAAUGAUGUUGAGGGUAAGCACUAA